AUGGAUGUAGAGAUGGAAGCCCUGCAAAAGAACCAUACAUGGGAUCUGGUUCCUCUCCCAGCUGGUAAGAAGGCUGUGGGUUGUAAAUGGGUAUAUACCCCAAAAUUCGAUGCAGAUGGGUCACUUGAACGAUAUAAGGCACGAUUGGUAGCAAAAGGCUAUACUCAAUCAUAUGGGAUUGACUAUCUUGAGACCUUUGCUCCAGUUGCUAAGCUUAACACUGUGAGGAUAUUGAUUGCUCUAGCAGCUAAGUUGAUCUGGGAAAUACAUCAAUUUGAUGUCAAAAAUGCAUUUUUAUAUGGAGAACUAGAAGAGGAAGUCUACAUGACUAUACCUCUAGGAUAUCCACUAUCCAAUCAAUCAGGAGUGGUUUGUAGACUAAAGCAAGCCUUCUAUGGUCUCAAACAAUCUCCUCAAGCUUGGUUUGGAAGGUUCACCAAGACAAUGAAAAGUUAA